AUGUCAGGUGUCAAUAUCGUAAUUCUUGAUUAUAAGACUUUGGGAGACACUCCCCUCACCACUAUCACGCCCUUCGGGAAAGUAAUCGUUCACCAAGUGACUUCCCAAUCGGAAGUCCCAAAGUUUAUUAGUGACGCCGAUAUAGUUCUUAACAUUCGUACCAACUUGAACGCCGAGAAUAUGUCUCAAGCAAAACGGUUGAAAUACAUAGGUGUAAUGGGCACUGGUUUUAAUAACGUAGAUAUAGACUACUGCAAAGAACACAAUAUCGUUGUUACUAACGUCCCUGGCUAUUCGACCAAUUCCGUUGCACAAGUCACCUUCUCAUUACUUCUCGAGUUAUUGAAUCACACCAGCAAACUCUCGGAGUAUACAACAACAAAGUACGCAACAGAGGGCAUCUCUAUGCAAGAGAAUUCGAUUUUCGACUUCAAGGAAAUUUGCAACAAAAAGUGGUGUGUAGUUGGAUAUGGGAAAAUCGGUCGACAGGUGUCAAGGAUAGCAGAGGCCUUUGGGGCGCAAGUCAGUUACUUCUCGACAACAGAGAAGCACGACGACGAAAAGAUGCGUCGAGUGACUUACGAAGAGAUGGUGACCGAGAGUGAUAUUAUUACUAUUCAUUGUCCACUGAAUGCUAAGACGAAGUACCUCUUUGGGACGAGUGCGUUUCUUAAGAUGAAGAAAGACGUUGUCAUCAUCAAUGUUGCUCGAGGUGGUGUUGUUAACACGGCAGAAAUAGUAGAAGCUCUUAAUAAUAAUACCAUUGGAGGAUAUGGGACGGACGUGUAUGAGGUCGAACCCAUCGACCAGAACUCACCAUUCUUUACUCUGAAAGAUAUGAAGAAAGUCGUCUUUACGCCACACAUCGGCUGGACUAGUGAAGAAGCUCGUCGAGUUUUGAUGUCUGAAGUUGGGAAAAACAUUGAAGCGUAUUUAAAGGGGGAGAGGAGGAAUGUAGUCAACUGA